AUGUAGACCGGUCUCGCGGUGUCUCGACGGUGUCUCGUUUCGGUGAUUCUCGCCGACUUCCGGCUUGCCGGAAGCGACGAUGGUUUGAGUGACGUGGGGGGGUGGAAGUGCGUGCCAAACAGGUGACACCGUAUUAUGACGAAUGACAUGCCGAAUGCGGCUCGGCUCUUCUUCCUCUUGCUACUGGCCACUUCCGGUCUCGGCCAUGCCAAGCAAGAGAAGGAGAAACCCGAGCGAGGCUGCAAACUCGAGGGACUCCAUCCGUUGGUCGUCGUCACGUACAAGAACAUCACCAUAUCGGUGGAUAAAAUCACGGUGCCUCACGGCGAUAAGGUGGCGGUGAGAUGUCGCGAGAUCGGCAUGUACAAGUUCAUCGGCGAUCCUCUUUUGCAUUGUCGCAAUGGCGGAUGGAACGGGAAGCUGCCCUCCUGCAUCCCCACAACCAUCAUCUCCAAUUUCACGGAGGACGUCCCGCCGACGAUAGUCUUCGGACUUCCUGCGGGAUCCGCCGCCGUGGAGCCUUCCGGGGCUUUCGCCGUCUUCCCGGGGAGUAUACUUCACCUGGAGUGCGUCUUCGAGAGGCGCUUCGGCAACCCGGAAUGGACCUGGACGUCCACAUUUCGACAAUACCUCACCGGAUGGGCCAUCGCAGCUUCGGAAAGGGAUUGGAAGUAUCGGCUUUCGAUAUAUUACGCCAAAACUCAGGAUUCUGGAGUUUACACAUGCACCACGCCUCGUGGUCUCACCAACUCGGUCCGUCUUCACGUAAUAGACGUCCACUGUCCCACGUUAAACCCACCUGCGCCUCCUCUGAUUGGAAAAAUCGAGGGCGCUCGCAUGGGACAGAGCGCCGCUUUCGAGUGCCCCCUCGGACACAGGCUAGAGGGCGCCUCGCGCAUCACGUGUCAGUAUAACGGCGUUUGGUCCGCGGAGGUUCCAAGGUGCGACGCCAUCGUCUGCCCCAACGUGGAGCCGGAAAACGCGAAGCUGCAGGUGAUGGAGCACAACAAUAGCUACGGGGGCAGAGUCGUGUUCGCUUGUAUGUGGGGCCACAAGCUCUCGGGACCCCAGAGCAUAAGAUGCGAAGGCGACGGGGUCUGGAACGGAUCCAUGCCGACCUGUUCAGAGAUCACCUGCCCAUCCCCUAUAGCCCCGAAGAGUGGUCGCAUUUUGGAGAACGAGCGGCCCACCACCAGGAGACGUGGUGGACGUGGGUCCAGGAAGGUGGGAGCCUUGGUGAGGUUCCUCUGCCUCCCUGGACACCAGCUCAUAGGUGAAGCUUCCGUGAUCUGCACCGAGAACGGCACUUGGUCCCACCAGACGCCAGUCUGUGAAGUCAGGUGUCCCUAUCCAGGUGAUCCGCCCCACGGAAGAAUAGCGCCCCUUAAAUUUUGGUACAAGCCAGGUGACAACAUCCAGGUGACCUGUUCCCCAGGGUACGUGACCCCUCUGGAGCCGGUGAAAAAACCCACCUGCCGAGAAAACGGGAUGUGGAGUGCCCCACCGCCCCCUUGUCGAUCCUACAAGGACGUGUGAUAAAUCCCUGGCAUGUCGUGCUGACUUGACCUACCUUAAGGUGAUAUGAAAUUGGCUUUAGCGCUUUGUUUACGUGACUUUCCUCCGACCUGGACGCACCGAGUCGUUUCGAGCCUCACAAUAGAAACAUAGAGGGUAUAAGGAAGGUCCUGGAAGGAUCAGAAAAAAAUUUCUCCUUAGAGAUUUUCCAAAUUUCCCAUGAACAUUGAAAUUUCAUGGGCGUCGGUACCUUCCUUGUAGCCUCUAUGUUCAUAUUCUGCAGUUUGGGAUCAUUCGGUACGUCCUGUUAAGAGAAAAGUGUCGCGCACGAUUGGUCCCGCCACUUUCGUGCCGCCUUAAGGGCCCAGCACUAAUCGAGGAUUACGCCGAAGUAGUUCGCGAACUCGCGUCGAGUUCGUGCCUACAAGUGACCACUUUGAGGUUAUUUACAAGAGAGAUACUUGGACGCGAGAAACUGUACCUUAAAGGACUGUGUCUGAUGGACGUAUACGUAUGGUAUACGUAUAGUGGACGUAUAGGGUGAAGAAGGUUUGAUCACUGGCGAGUCCAUGGAAGAGAUGGAAACCCAAGUGGGCGAGGAGGUCCGAGGAAAGAAAAAAGAAAAAUCACCGAUAUGUUGGCUAGGGAAUCUGAUUUAUCGGGCAGGGUGCCAUGGCUAGGGGAAUAGGGAAAUGGAUGGCGGAGGUGGCGAUGGUGGCGCCAUUUCGGCCGCACAUCACUUUGCGGGAACUAACCUAACAUAUGUCGCGGACGAGACUCGGAUAUAACAUGGAGGACCUAUAUUUGGGAAUGAAAGUUGCAAAGCUAUCGCAGUGCCGUGAAAAUUUUUAAUGGCGUCCCUUGUGUAAAAUUGGAGGUUAUGCGCGUCGCAGCCAGAUUUGAAAACCCGGCUCUAUGUAAACCGCGGCCGUAUGGUCGAAUAUCUUCGUUCGCUUGGCUUUAUUUCCAUGAGAAUGACUACUUUUCUAGUGAAAUUUCCCUAGGAUCCCAUCGCGUAACGAAAUCCUCGAUCCGACGUCAUUUUCCCUGGGAUUACGUGACGCAAUUAAGUAUGCACUCGAGGACUCGGAGAAGUGAUGGGAACCAAUUGGUUUAUGGAACUUCUGCCAAUGUAACGUCGCGACAUCUCGCCGAGGGUUGCGUAAACGUUGCCAAGACUUCCACGACGUGUGGAAACCCCCGAGAGAACCCUUGGCAGGUGUCGCAACAACGUUACAUCGUUAACACUUCUUUAAUAGAUACCCUUUUCAAAUGAGACGUCUUGGAAUCACUCGGCACGGGUAUUAAACCCGAGGAUUUAUUAAACCGUCACUGUAAACGACCGUAUAUCGCCUUGACACGGUACAUUAGAAGACCACCAAUCAUCCCUUCUUGGGAUAUCAUUGUUUACACUGACAGUUUAAUAAAACCGCGGCUUUAAUAUACUUGGUGUCAAGUGACCGGUGUAAAUUUAGCGUUGAUCAGAUCCUGCGAGAUCUUUCCUCUGUCUUCUGUUUGUCGUGGACGUGGUUCGGGGCGGCGCCGCCUCGUCCGUGGCGGCGCUGCCGUCGUGUUUAUCCGUGGAAAGAUUAAUUCAGUCCGUCGUGUAAAUAUAAUUCCGGUGUGGCGUUAGUUUGUAUAAAUUAAGUUAGCCGCCCCCGUCGGGCUGCCCUCACGGCGGAGCUAGACGGACGGGGUUUUAGGUUAGUAGAAGCGAUUUAGGUUAGUCCUAGGUUUAGCCCGACUAGACGAACGUAACCCGUCACUUAAGAGAUGCGUACGUAUUUAGAAAGCGUUUCCUUUCAUAUCGAUGUAGGUAUAAUAAAGGUACUCUUUAUUCUUUAAGAAAUCAUGGCUCUUUCACUCAUCCCGUCGUU